AUGUGCUCCGUGGCAGGCCUGGCUCCCCUGGCCACCUUCAAUGUGGACAUGGUCCAGACCUGGGUGACUCCCAAGGGAGUCCCCUAUGUGCUCAGCUCACUUCUGCAUGAGGACUCCAGCACCAACCAGACCUGGCUCCUGGUAACCAGCCCCGGGACCAGCAGGACGGCAGGGCCCCUGUAUCAGUGUUCCCUCAUUCAGGAUGAGCUCCAUUGCCAGCCAGUAGCAUUCCUCCCUCCUUACCUGGGCCUCACUGUUUCAGAGAAUGUCCCCAUCCCAAAGGGGAGGUACCGUGGAGUGACAGUUGUCCGGAACCACCAUGGUGUUUUGGUCUGCAUUCAAGUGACGACCCGGUGGCCCCAGAGCCUCAGCUCAGAGCUCACAGGCAACUGCAUCCUGCUGGCCCCUGACCUCCGUCCCCGUGCCCAGGUCUACUUCUCCGACCUUGAAAAAUUACUGGACCCUGAUGCCCCUGUGGAUGCUGGAGACUGCUCCAGGAACAGAAAAGGCAGCACGGAGAACACAGCCAGGCUGCGCCGGGAAUUGAAGGUGGAGGAGAAGGAGACAGAGGACGAGGACGAGGAGGCAGCUGGCACCGAGAUCGCCAUCAUCCUGGAUGGCUCAGGAAGCAUCGAUCCCCCAGACUUCCAGAGAGCUAAAGACUUCAUCUCCAACAUGAUGAAGAACAUCUAUGAGAAGUGCUUUGAGUGCAACUUUGCCCUGGUGCAGUAUGGGGAAGUCAUCCAGACAGAGCUUGACCUUCAGGACAGCCAAGACGUUACAGCGUCCCUCGCCAGAGUCCAGAACAUCACUCAAGUGGGGAGUGUCACCAAGACUGCCUCUGCCAUGCAGCAUGUCCUAGACAACAUCUUCACACCAAGCCAUGGCUCCAGAGAAAAGGCAUCCAAGGUCAUGGUGGUGCUCACUGAUGGGGACAUAUUCGGGGACCCCCUCAACCUCACAACUGUCAUCGACUCCACAAAGAUGCAAGGUGUUGAGCGCUUUGCCAUUGGGGUGGGAGAUGCAUUUAAUAAAACUAGGGCGUACAACGAGCUGAAGCUGAUCGCCUCGGACCCCGAUGAGGACCACGCCUUCAAGGUGACCAACUACGCAGCGCUGGAUGGGCUGCUGAGCAAACUGCAGCAGAGCAUCAUUAGCGUGGAAGGCACGGUCGGAGAUGCCCUCCACUACCAGCUGGCACAGGUCGGGUUCAGCGCCCAGAUCCUGGACGAGGGGCAGGUGCUGCUCGGUGCUGUAGGGGCCUUCGACUGGUCGGGGGGCACGCUGUUCUACAACAUGAGCAGCCGCAAGGGCCGCUUCCUGAACCAGACAGCGGUGGAUGCCAAGGCUGUGCAGUACAGCUACCUGGGUUACUCGGUGGCGGUGCUGCACAAGGCCUGUGGCCUCUCCUAUGUGGCAGGGGCUCCACAGCACAAGCAGCAAGGGGCUGUGUUUGAGCUCCGGAAGGAGAGCAAAGAGACCAACUUUGUACCAGUGCUGGAGGGCGAGCAGAUGGGGUCCUAUUUUGGCUCUGAGCUGUGCCCUGUGGACGUCGACAUGGAUGGGACCACAGACUUGUUGCUGGUGGCCGCCCCGUUUUACCACGUGCAAGGCGAGGAGGGCAGAGUCUACAUGUACCGUGUGAACAAGCAGGAUGGUUCCUUCUCCUUGGUACGCACGCUGAGUGGCCACCCCAGGUUAACUUAUGCGCGAUUUGGCUUUGCCAUGGCGACAGUGGGGGAUAUCAGUCAGGAUGAGCUCACAGAUGUGGCCAUCGGGGCCCCCCUGGAAGACUUCGGGGCAGAUGAUGGUGUAGGCUUCGGCAGCGUGUACAUCUACAAUGGACGCUCUACCAACCAGCUGGUUGACCUCGCUACCAACCAGCCACAGAGGAUCAGAGCCUCAGUGGUGGCCCCAGGACUGCAGUACUUCGGCACGUCGGUGGCAGGUGGCUUAGAUUUCAGUGGCGACGGCCUUGCUGACAUCGCUGUGGGCGCUCUGGGCCGGGCGGCUGUGCUCCGCUCAAGACCUGUGGUUCGUCUGAAGCUGUCCAUGACCUUCACCCCCAAGGCACUGCCCAUUGGCUUCUACAGCAGCGUGAAUGUGAAUUUGUGUUUUGAAAUCAGCUAUGUGUCCCCAGCUGCUGAGUCAGGCCUCAAAGAGACCUCUCUGAACUUCACUUUGGACGUGGAUGUGGUGAAGCAGAGGAAAAGGCUGCAGUGUUCAGAUGAGAGGCUGUGUCAGAGCUCCCUUAGGGAGUGGGGCACGGGCCCCCGUCUCUGUGAGCCCUUCCUGCUGGUUCCCACAGAGGGAGAGCUCUGUCAGGAGGACUGCUUCUCCAACAUCAGUGUCAAGGUCAGCUACCAACUCCAGACCCCCGAGGGCCGGAGGGACCAUCCCCAGCCUAUCCUGGACUUCUAUGCUGAGCCCUCUGCCAUCUUCCAGCUGCCCUACGAGAAGGCCUGCAAGAAUAAGCUGUUCUGUGUCGCUGAGCUGCAGUUGGCUACCACCCUCUCUCAGCAGGAAUUGGUGGUGGGUCUCACAAAGGAGCUGAGCAUGAACAUUAGCCUAACUAACUCUGGGGAAGAUUCCUACAUGACAAGCAUGGCUUUGAAUUACCCCAGAAACUUGCAGUUUAAGAGGAUACAAAAGCCUCCUUCUCCAGACAUUCAGUGCGAUGACUCUAAGCCAACUGCUUCUGUCCUGGUCAUGAACUGCAGGAUCGGUCACCCCGUACUCAAGAGGUCAUCUGCAAACUUUUCAUUAGUUUGGCAGCUGGAGGAGAGUGCCUUUCCAAACAGGACAGCCGACAUCGCUGUGACAGUCACCAAUUCCAAUGAAAGAAGGUCUUUGGUCAGUAAGACCCACAGCCUUCAUUUCAAACAUGCCUUCAUUGCAGUUCUUCCCAAACCAUCAGUGACGUACAUGAACACAAGCCAGGGGCUUUCGCACCACAAGGAGUUCCUCUUCAAUAUACAUGGGGAGAACCUCUUUGGAGCCGAGUUCCAGCUGCAAAUUUGUGUUCCAGUUAAAUUACAAGGUUUCCAGGUCAUAAGAGUGAAGAACCUGACCAAGACUCAGGCUCACACUGUGUGCAGCCAGAGUCCGGAGCGCGUUUGUGGGAGCGACCUGGUUCAGCAUGUGGAAGAAUGGCAUUCAGUGAGCUGUAACGUCACCUCGGAUAAAGAAAAUGUAACCGUGGCUGCAGAGGUCUCCUUGAGUCAAUCAGAACAGUUACGAAGAGAUGUGACUGAGCUGCACAUCCUUGGGGAAAUAUCUUUCAACAAAUCUCUAUAUGAGGGGCUCAAUGCAGAGAACCAUAGAACUAAGAUCACUGUCAUCUUCCUGAAAGAUGAGGAGGCGUAUUCUCUGUCUCUCAUUAUUAAAAGCAGUGUUGGUGGCCUUCUGGUUUUGAUCGUGAUUAUAGUCAUCCUAGUCAAGUGUGGCUUUUUUAAAAGAAAAUACCAACAACUGAACUUGGAGAGAAUAAGGAAGGACCAGCUGAAAUCAGAGAGUCUACUGGAAGAAGAAAAUUAGACCAGCUUCCUCAUCCAUUGGGAGAGAGUACCAGCCAGUCCUGGAGGCUUCUAGAGACUGGGUGUCCUGUGGGUUGCUUUUCCGUAGGAUGAUCGAGAGCAGAACCUAGCACACCGUUUUGUGAAUGUUGUUUUUUAACCAUACAUUGUCCCCAAAGUGUCUGUGCAUUGUGCAAAAAUGAAACUUGGGAGACAUUUGGUAUUAAAUAAAACUGUUUUCUUUACAGAAGUGCCUUUAA